GGUAGCGGCAUUCCGGCAGCCGGGUGAGCUUCCCUGCAGGAACCCGACAAGGCGGGCCCCUUCCGGGACACUAUCACUGUGUGUUGCAUACGCCGUUUGCAACAGACGACUGUGUAUUUUUUCGUGAUAUACGUGCACCGGGAGGGGGCACGGGCUUCAGCUGAUUAAAAGAGAAAUGGGGAAGACUGUAGAAAAAGACAAAGAAGUUUCGGGAGGAAGAGGGGGGAUGAGGAAAAGCCAGAAGGAUCAGAGCUGGAUUCCCAAGGUUUUCAAAAAGAGGGUGUGUACUGCCUUUAUAGAAGAUACCUCAAGCAAUGGGACGCAGUGCCAGUGUGGGGCACUGCACGAUGCCCACAUCUCUGCGGCCAAGGGUGACUGCUUCGGGACAGCCAUGGUGAGCCAGUGGGACAGCACACAGCACUCCACCGAGUUCCCCACUGAUGCCUUUGGCGAGCUGGAGUUUGCUGGGACCGGCAGGAGGAUCAGCCACUUCAUACGCCUGGCCAGUGACAGCGAGCCUCAGAAGGUUUACAACCUGUUGACGUGCAUCUGGAAUAUCCCCCGACCCAACCUGGUGGUGUCGGUGGUGGGGGGUAACAGCCAGCAGAAGUUGAAGACCUGGGUUCGAAAGGUGCUGAGACAGGAGUUGGUGAGGGCGGCACAGAGCACAGGUGCAUGGAUUGUGACUGGGGGGCUCAGGGAGGGAGUGGGCAGGUGUGUCGGUGAGGCGGUCAGGGACCAUGCAACAGCCGCUCCCUCCAUCUCCAAAAAGAAGGUGAUCGCCCUCGGCAUCGCCCCCUGGGGGCUGGUGGAGAACCGGCAGCAGUUGGUUAACCCGCAGGGCAGUUUUCCUGCCAAGUACUACAUGAAGAACACCAUGCAGGACUCCCAGUUUCUGGACAACAACUACCAGGCCUUCCUAUUGGUGGAUGAUGGCAGCGUGGGUCGGUGGGGGGGCGAGGCUGCCUUCCAGGCGCGACUAGAGAACUACAUCUCUAACCUGAAGACGGGCAUCUGGGGCAGUGGAAGCAUUGAAAUACCGGUGCUGUGCAUGCUGAUAGCAGGAGAAGUAUCCACACUAGAGAGACUUGACCUCUCGCUCCGCUGCUGCACCCCCUGGAUGCUCCUGCAUGGCUCGGGGGGCAUCACCGAUUUCAUCUGUAACGUGUUGAAAGAUCUGGAGUCUCUGACCGCCUCCACAAUGUCCCCGGAGGGCGAGGGCCUCAGGCUGGAGCAGAAGAACAGAGUCAGGGAGUGGUUGAAGAAACAUCUCCCUUUGGAGAAGGAGGUGGAAAAGCUGACUGAGAGGAUCCUCAGCAUCUAUCAGAAUCAAGACCUGAUCACCAUCUAUAGCAGCGAGCAGGAGGGGCCUGAUGACUUUGACACGUUGUUGCUGAAGGCCUUGGUGAGAGCCAGCAAGCGUAAGUCCAGUGAUGCCAGCGAGCACACGGAGGAGCUCAAGCUGGCUGUGGCCUGGAACCGUGUCGACAUCGCCAAGACCGAGCUCUUCAGCGGCGACAUCCAGUGGAGGUACGAGGACCUAGAAGGCCCCAUGACGGAUGCCCUGGUCAAUAACAAGCCUCAGUUCGUCCGCCUCUUUACGGAAAACGGGCUGAACAUCCUGGACUACCUGACGUAUGAGCGUCUGGAGAAUCUGUACCGCUCGCUGCCCGACAGCUCGCUGGCCUACACUUUGCUGCAGCGCCACCUGCUGGAACGCCUCAGCAUCACCAGCUCUCCCCGUGCCGACACGGACGGCACCAAUGGCGUGAAGAAUCCUGACAGCUCGCUGGCCGAGUCCAGCUUGGCCAACGAGCUGACCCUCUUUGAGGUGUCACGGGUCCUACAGGACAUAACCGGGGAUGUCUGCCAGCCAUUUUAUUAUCGACUGUUGGAACUGGAGCAUGGCAUAAGCACGAGAAGAGCGAUGAAGCUGAUGAACAAGCUACUCCAGGGGCAAAGUGGAUACCGCGCUGAGCGCUGUCGCUCGCCCUGGGUCUCACUCUUCAUCUGGGCCCUUCUGCAGAACCUCCAUCAGAUGGCCGUCUAUUUCUGGGAAAUGGCUGGUGAGUCGGUGCUCAGUGCCCUGUCUGGCUGCAGGAUCCUCAGGGAGCUCUCCAAGAUGGAGGGCGAGACGGAGACGAAGCUCUCCAUGGAGGGGCUGGCUGCGAGAUUCGAGAAUCUGGCGCAUGAUGUGUUCAGUGAGUGCUACCAGAGCAGAGAGAGUCGCUCCUUCAAGCUCCUCAUCAUGAAGUCAUACGUGUGGGGGGGGGCCACCUGCCUGCAGAUGGCCAUCGCCGCUGACGCCCGUCUCUUCUUCAGCCAUGACGGCGUGCAGUCUCUCCUGUCCCAGAUCUGGUGGGGGGACAUGGAGAGGAACACACAGGUCUGGAAGCUUGUGCUCACCUUCUUCAUCCCUCCUCUUGUGUAUGCAGACUUUAUUUCCUUCAGAGAACCAGAGGAAGAGAUUAACACUGAGAUGGGUUCCUUUGGGAAGGACCACGAGAACCUGGAUGGAGGAGAGAUGGUCCAGUCCCUGAGCGAAAUGGCCAACAUUGAGGAAGGUUACCAAGAACAUACGCACCUCACAUCCACACCUAAAGCUUCUUCUUCAUACAAGUGGCCCUUUUUGGUGUCUCGGUGGCGCCAGUUCUGGUUCGCACCCGUCACCUCGUUCCUUGGCAACGUGCUGAUGUACUUCCUCUUCCUCGUUGUGUUCGCCUACAUCCUGCUGGUGGACUUCAGGCCGCCGCCCCCAAACGGCCCUUCGACCAUGGAGCUGUUUCUCUACUUCUGGGUCUUCACCCUGGUCUGUGAGGAGCUCCGGCAGACCUUCGUCCUGGGGAAUACCACCAUACUCCAGAGCAUGCGAUUUUACAUCCAGGAUGUGUGGAACAAGUGUGAUCUGACUGCCAUUGCUUUCUUCAUUUUGGGCAUGUGCUGCAGGAUGUUUCAUGUAACCUAUGAGUUUGGCCGGGCUAUGAUGUGCCUGGACUACAUGGUCUUCACUCUGAGGCUCAUCCACAUCUUUGCUGUCCACAAGCAACUGGGACCCAAGAUCAUCAUCGUGGGCAAGAUGAUGAAAGAUGUUUUCUUCUUCCUGUUCUUCCUGGGGGUGUGGCUGCUGGCAUACGGUGUGGCCAAUCAGGCGCUGCUAUACUCCUACGAUCCUCGCCCACACUGGGUCCUACGGAGGGUUUUCUACAGACCUUAUCUUUACAUAUUUGGGCAGAUCCCCCUGCAGGACAUUGAUGCGACAAAGCUGGGCGACGUGCAGUGCACUGACAAUGCCACAGCCAUCCAGAUGGGUGAAGAACCUUGCAUGAACCUCUACGUCAACUGGCUGGUCAUUGUACUCCUGGUCGUCUACCUGCUGAUCACCAACAUUUUGCUACUCAACUUACUCAUUGCCAUGUUCAGUUAUACGUUCUCCAAGGUGCAGGAGAAGAGUGACACCUACUGGAAAUUCCAGCGUUUCAAUCUGAUAGCAGAGUACCACUCCAGGCCUUCCCUAGCACCGCCCUUCAUCCUACUGUCCCACCUCAACCUCCUCAUCAAACGAUACAUCCGGAAAGUCCCCUCUAUGAAAGUCCAGCAUUUUGAGCUGACUCUCAACAGCCUGGCAGCCAACCAGCUCCAUACCUGGGAAGCCAUCCAGAAGGAGAACCUUCUGGUCACUCUGAGCAAGAAGCAGAAAGACUGCGACAGUGAGCGGCUGAAGCGGACGUCCACAAAGGUGGACAACGUCCUGAAGCAUGUGACCGACCUGCGGGAUCACGACCGGAGGCUGAGGCAGGUGGAGGCUGAGUUGGAGUAUUGCUCUAAAGCCCUCUCCUGGUUGGUAGAGUCAAUAUCACAGAGCAACUUGAUUAAAGCUGAACAACCUCCACCUAAGCUUCAAGACUUCCUUCCAUCACCGUGAAUUAACCCACACAGAUGUACCGGCAAAGAAAAAGAGCCUCGCUUCUCUUAGAUUUUUAUUUUCUAACCUGCUUACACAAAGGGAGCUUCUCCAGGACCCAUGGAAUUCCACGCUAAUGUUAAAAUUGUCCUUAUGUUUUAUCUUUUCUUUGUAUUCGUGUUUUAUUUUUACAUUGUAGGGACCACAAUCUGAUUUAUAAACCUGUAAUUCCUGACCUUGUGGGGACAUUUUUUUUCCGGUCCUCACAAGGAUAACCUCCUGAGGAUCUGUGUCAAAAAAUUAAAAAAUGCAAAAAGUCUUGUAUUUGGAUAUUGGUUAAAGGCGUCAUAUUUGGGAUUAGGGUUUUUCCCAUGGAAAUGAACGGAGAGCUUCCAUAAGGAUGCGAAAGAGCUGGGAUGUUCUCUGAAAUGUAAUAAAAACGAAGGUCUGAGAUUCGUAAA